GUUCCGAGAUGGCCGUUGGAUUGGUUGGACCACCUCACGGCGGCAAUGCGUGGCGGUUUGCAAAGGACGAUGAGACUGGCCACGAAAGGCUUCUCCCCCUUCUGGGCACCGAGUUGGUGAGCCCGCCGUCCCCAACGCUGCCUCCUGUGAGUCGAAAUCGGCAGGUGUACUACAUCAACGCCGGAGCUGACUGGGCAGGCAGCGACUCCUACUGA